UCUCCCCGGAGCCAGUACAACUUCAUCGCAGACGUGGUGGAGAAGACUGCGCCGGCUGUUGUCUACAUCGAGAUCCUGGACCGGCACCCGUUCUCGGGCCGCGAAGUCCCUAUCUCAAACGGCUCAGGAUUCGUGGUCGCUGCCGACGGGCUCAUCGUCACCAACGCCCAUGUGGUGGCCGAUCGGCGUAGAGUGCGUGUGAGGCUGCCCAGCGGCGACACGUAUGAGGCCGUGGUUACAGCUGUGGAUCCUGUGGCCGACAUCGCCACGCUGAGGAUUCAGACCAAGGAACCUCUCCCCACGCUGCCUCUGGGACGCUCAGCUGAUGUCCGGCAAGGGGAGUUUGUUGUUGCCAUGGGAAGCCCCUUUGCACUGCAGAACACGAUCACAUCUGGCAUCGUGAGCUCCGCUCAGCGUCCAGCCAGAGACCUGGGACUCCCCCAAACCAACGUGGAAUACAUUCAGACGGAUGCAGCUAUUGACUUUGGAAACUCUGGAGGUCCCCUGGUUAACUUGGAUGGGGAGGUGAUUGGAGUGAACACCAUGAAGGUCACAGCUGGAAUCUCCUUUGCCAUUCCUUCUGAUCGCCUUCGAGAGUUUCUGCAUCGUGGGGAAAAGAAGAAUUCCUGGUUUGGAAUCAGUGGGUCCCAGCGCCGCUACAUCGGGGUGAUGAUGCUGACUCUGACUCCCAGCAUCCUUGCUGAACUACAACUUCGAGAACCAAGCUUUCCAGAUGUUCAGCACGGUGUACUCAUCCACAAAGUCAUCCUGGGCUCUCCUGCACACCGGGCUGGUCUACGGCCUGGUGAUGUGAUUUUGGCCAUUGGGGAGCAGCUGGUACAAAAUGCUGAAGAUGUUUAUGAAGCUGUUCGAACCCAGACCCAGCUGGCAGUGCGGAUCCGGCGGGGACCAGAAACACUGACCUUAUAUGUGACUCCUGAGGUUACAGAAUGAAUGCAUCAGCAAGACUAUGAGGCUCCUGCUCUGAUUUCCUCCUCACCUUGCUAGCCUAGGCUUGGAGGACACGGGGACAGAGGAUUAAAUGAGCCAGUGGGGGCAGGUCCCUCCACCACCAGCACCAAUCCCUGGGCUCUGAAGAAUCACAAACACUUUUUAUAUAAAAUAAAAUUAUACCUAGCAACAUGUUAUAGUCAAAAAUGAGGUGGGGGAGCUGGAUCUUUUCCCCCACCAAAAGGCUAGAGGUAAAGCUGUAUCCUCUUAAACUUAGGGUAGAUACUGGAACCGACCAUCCUGACCUCACUGUUCAAGAAAAUGAGCUGCUG